GAUUCCCAACCUUCAGCCGCACCCAACCCGCGAAAAAGCCCACACACACCCCUUCCACACAACACAACAACACCAACCCCCAACCAUGGCCAACCCCUCCCACCUCACCCCCACAAAACCCUCAACCGUACACGAAAUCCACCUCCUCAUCCUCCUCCCCGCACCCCUCCACAGCGCACCGAUCCGCUGCCGCCUCGAGACCACCCUCCUCUCAUCCCGCCCCAAUUACGACAUCCUCACCUCUCUCUGGCGCACCCCUAGCAAACAACACCCCAAAGAAGAAGAAGAAGCAAUAAUCACCGUCAACGACGCGCCAUGCCCCGUCGCCCAACCCACGGCAGCAGCGCUGCGCCGGCUCCGGCGCCCGUCCGCCCCGCGGAGCUUGUGGAUUGAUGAUGCUAUCUGCGUGGACCAGCAGCGGGACCGGCGCCUUCGGCCGCGCAUCUAUGCCGGGGCGCGCCGGUUGUGCGUCUGGAUGGGCGAGCCGGCUGUGGUGGUGGCGGGUGUUGGUAUGGCAGUGUCGCCUCCGGCGGGGUUGUUUUCUUGCCCGGAGUGGGAGGCGCGGAGGCCGCCGCGCUUGUCUUUUGUUCGGGAGGCGGUGCUGGCUAGGCGUAUUGUUGUUGUGUGUGGGCCGGAUGAGGUGACGUGGGAGGCGAUGGGGGACUCGUUGGAGGGAGAGGUUGGAAAGGGGGUGGGUUCCGGGACGGUGGAUUUUCUCAGGUUGUUUUAUGUGAUCAAGAUGCUUCGUCAGGGAUGGAGUAGCGGCGAGGGGGGGUUGAGCCCCUGUGGGUUGUUGUACGAGUCCCGGUGGCUGGAAUGUGAGGACCCCAGAGACAGGAUCUAUGGCUUCCUCGACCUGGUGCCUCGGAUCCUCGAAGCUGGCGUGGUGCCCGACUAUGGCACAUCCGUUUCCACGGCAUGCAUCUACGCGGACUUCGCCCGCAAGACAAUACAGCACAGCGGAUGUGUUGACAUACUCAACUACGCCCGGGAAUGGCGCAACGCUGCGGCGACUCUCGAGACCGCAGCCAGUGACGGCGCCGACCGCCUUCCCUCCUGGGCGCCAAACUGGGCUGUCAGGGGGGAGCACGACCCGGCACCUCUCCUCGACUGGCUCGACGACACACCCAGAUACCGCACUGCCAAACUGAUGCCGGCACGGAUCCAGCCGCACGACGACGACAACACACUGACCCUGAACGGGAUCCGGUUCGACGAGGUCGCGGCGCUCGGCACGCCCUGGCACCCCGAAGCUAGCCAGCCCCUCACCUCCCGGACAGGCAGCAAGGGGCUCGAGCAAUGGGAGGCGCUGGCGCUCGCGACGCCGGUAUCAUGCCCCUACGGCGGCGGAGCCGAGGGCCGGCGCGCGGCGCUGUGGCGCACCUACAUUGGCGACUUCGCCGGCGACCGCAGCGCGCCCGCGGGGGACUCGGCCGUGCUCGAGCGCUGGUACGGCCCGGGCCCCUGGCCCCGCGGCUUCUCCACCUCGCCGGCCGCCGAGCAGCAGCCGCCGCGGAACGCGUUCCGUGACCAUCUCCGUGACUGCGCCCGUCUUCUCAUCGGGCGCGAUGCGGGGCCCGCCGAGUAUGUGAGGUACGCGCGGCGGGUCCGGCGGGCGUGCGCCCAUCGCCGCCUGCUGGUGUCGAAGCGGGGGUAUGUGGGGCUGGCGCCGUGGAAUGCCGCGCCGGGCGAUGUUGUUGCCGUCCUGCAUGGGGGGAGCACCCCGUUUUUGCUUCGUCCGGGCUCGGUGCCGGGCGUCUACUCGCUGGUGGGCGAGUGCUUCGUGUACGGCAUCAUGGACGGUGAGGCGCUCGCGUGGGAACAUGCCACUGCUGCCGCACGGGAUUUCCGCAUUGUGUAGAGGAAGGAGCACCGCGUGUGCGAGUUGUGGGGCAUGGCCUCGUUUCUAGUUUGUGAAGCUCUUGUGAUACUAACAUGACGACGCGGCUGGC